UUUAACAAGAGCUGUGUGAGAAACACUACAGAGGAUCAGCUGCUGUUGACAAAUAGGUGGAGUUGCUUAGUGACUCAUUUACCUUGUGUUAGUUAGAGCUGGGUUACUUGAUACACUACCCUGUAUAUAAUGACUUCAGAAAUCAACUUAUUACUUGAGAAAGCAACAAGUCCAUUGUUGCUGGACAUUGAUUGGGACUCCACACUCCACAUUGUCGAUCUUAUUCGCCAGGGGGAUGUCAACCCUAAGGCAGCUGUACAGUCACUUGUCAACCGCCUCAAGGACACGAACCCCAAUGUUGUAUUGUUGGCGUUGCAAGUGUUUGAGUCAGUUGUAAAAAACUGUGGCCAGUCAGUUCAUGAACAAGUGGCCUCCCGUGUGGUGAUGGAACAGAUCCAUGAUGUGUUGCGCACUAACCCAAAUGAUGAAGUGCGCAAGAAGAUUCUGAUGCUACUUGCCACGUGGGUCUACGCCUUCCGAAAUGAAAUCAAGUAUCGCGCUGUACAGGAUACUGUUAAUAUUCUGAGGGCUGAGGGCUUCCACAUGCCUACUGUUAGUGAGAGUGAUGCUAUGUUCACGGCUGACCGUGCACCUGAUUGGGCAGAUGGAGAAUGUUGCCACCGCUGUCGCUCACAGUUCACAAUGAUCCGAAGAAAGCACCAUUGUCGUGCCUGUGGUCAAGUUUUUUGUGGGGACUGCUCCAGCAAGUAUUCAACAAUCCCCAAAUUUGGUAUUGAACGAGAAGUGCGAGUAUGUGAGUCUUGUUAUGAUGACAUAAACAAAUCCACAGUUCUGGACCCAACGACCUGGGACCAAGAGACCAGACCAACGGAAAGCCCACAACGACCAGCUACCAACCCCGCUAAGGUCGAGACUGAGGAAAACAGUAGUCCAAAGACCACUAAGGCACCUGGUAAGAAGAGUGAAGAGGAGCUGCAGGAGGAGGAGGAACUGCAGCUGGCUCUUGCUCUGUCCCGUUCAGAAGCUGAAAACAAGGAGAAGGAGAAGCUUCGUGCAACAUCAAGUUUGUUGGGUGGUAAUUGGCGACAGCCAUCACCUACACCAGCCUCCCCAGUUCCUCAGGGUGCCCAGGACAAGGAGGACAUGGAUCCUGAACUUGCCCGUUACCUGAACAGGUCUUAUUGGGAGCAGCAGCAGCAGCAGCAGCAGCAGCAACAACAACAACAGCAGCCUGAACAGCAGAAACAGUCACAAACACAGGAGGAUCCAGGCCACACUCUCUCCCCAACACAACCAUCAGCCCCCACUUCUGGUAACAAGACUCUACUCUCACCAUCCAAACUAGAGCCAAUCAAGAUGAUGGAAAGCUACCAAAAUGGGGAGACUGAGGAAGUUGAUGAGUUUGUGUCCACUUUACGUACUCAGCUGGAAAUAUUUGUGAAUCGAAUGAAGAGUAAUCAAAGUCGUGGAAGACCUAUAGCAAAUGACACUUCUGUGCAAACGCUCUUCAUGAACAUUACAGCCAUGCAUGCACAGCUUUUGAAAUACAUACACCAGCAGGAUGACAAAAGAGUGAAUUUUGAACGACUGCAAGAUAAAAUCUCUCAAGUUCGUGAUGCUCGAGCAGCAUUGGAGGCUCUUCGGGAAGAACACCGUGACCGUGUAAGACGUGAAAGAGAAGAACAAGAGCGAAUAAGGCAAAUGCAGAUGAUGCAGAAGUUGGAAAUUAUGAGAAAGAAGAAGCAAGAAUACCUAGAAUACCAACGGCAGCUGGCCCUCCAUCGUAUGGCUGAGAGUGAACGGGAAAUAUUUAACAAAGGAUCAACUAUUGGUGCACCAAGUUCCAUGUACCCUGUUGGUUAUCCUGCAUAUCCAGGUGCUCCAGGUCCUAUGCCAGGACACAUGUUCCCCCCACAGCCUGAAGGUGCUGCACCUCAAGGGGGACCACCUCAAGGAGGAAUGCCACAGGGUGGUGCACCACCAAAUUCCAUGUCCUUCCAGCCUCCCCCUGGCCAACCUCAGUACCAACAUCCCCCUGGACCUCCUGGAUGUGUUAUGCCUGUGGGACCAGGAUCUGCCCCACCAGGUUCCCAGCCAGGGUACCAGCCACCACCACCUGAGUUUUCUCCAUACAAUAUACAAGGACUAGCCAACACUUUACCAAAUGUAGGUGGUGGUGUUCCUGGUUAUCCACCACAGCAUGGUAACUCAGGGCAGGCUGGUCCAGGCAUGGUACCUCCACCAAUGCCCAGUCAGCCCGCAAUGCAAACUCCUGCUCCAAUCCCGAGUGUUCCUGAUGACAUGAACAAUGGAACGCCUCAAAUGCUGCCACCCAGCAACCCACCGACUCCACAAGAUCAACAAGCCGAGCUCAUUUCCUUUGAUUAAUUGCUUCUGUGGAAUUGCAUGGUGGGAGUUCACAGUGUAUGCUUGACGCCUUCAGUUAUUUGUAAAUAGUCUUCAAAAUGCAAUAUAUCCUAGUACACUAGAUGUAAUAAUUAAAUGCAAUAAUUCUGAAUUGAGCUAGAAACAUCAAUGUUUACAGUAAAAUAUCUUAUACAUAUGUCACUUACUAGGAGUACUGGGAUAAAAGUUUUUUAUUGCAUUUGUUGGCCAUUUCCCAAUUGUGAACCUCUGUCAGGUUUUAUGUAUACAGUAUAGGGCAUAUGCUUAUUUAUAGCAUAUGUUCUCCAGUAACCUAAGUACUGUAAUUAUUAAUAAAAUCAUACAUUUAAUUUUGUUCAUGUAGCAAAGCUUCUGGAACAUUUUAUGAAAAAAAAAAUAGUUUGGAAGGAUGCAGUGUAUGGAAUGAUUUUGAUGUACAGAUUAUUAGCUUUUGUGUAUCCUGUUACAUAAUGUACAGUUCAUGUUAUCAUAACCCCAUUUUCUGGAUAGAUUCUUAUCUGGUAGCCUGUUAUACCACUUAUACAUAAAAGAUGAAUUUGAUCAGUAAGGAAAAUAUUUCCUAUAAGACAUUCAUCCAAGUCUUUGUGAACUGCCUUCUAUUUUUACUUGAUGUUUCAUGGAUUUUGCAUUUGGAUCACAUGAACUGCAGAACAUACUGUUUGUAUAAUGCUGGAUAGUAUAUUUAUUUAGGGGAAUACAAUAGAAUCCCAGUUAUCUGGUAUCCAGGCAACCGAUAGAGUCAACUAACUGGUACCAAAAUUAAAUGAUAAUAAAAAUUCCACCAUAAUCUGCGAGAAUUGUAAGACUAAAUACCGCAUGAAACGGGGAUGAGCUGCCACAUUUUUUGCCAUGAUAGAAAAUAAAAUUGUAAAAUACAAUAGCAUAUUUUAUGUACAAAAAAUAGCUCUUUGCACACUCAAACCUUCCUCUGAGCAAUAUGACAGUUCAGGCAGUCAACCAGCUGAUUCACAGACAUGUGUCUGCCGUGCUGGCCGUGUGUAUGCCGUGAUGUCAUAUCGGGAGGGAGCACAGCCACGUACCGUAGUUAUAGCCCACUGUUGUUUCCAUACACAUUCACUAACCACACAUCAUACCUGUGCUCUUCAUUUUUCUUAUUUUAUAGUUUUAUAAGUAAAACCCUCUAAUCUGGACUGGCAAACCGCUCUGGACUUAUUUCUGUUAAUCUGGAUUGAGUCGGGAUUAACACAAAAUAGUCUUGAUCUAUCCAUGUAGUGGGAAAAAUAUACAAACACACUUGAAUUACUUGACCUAUGUCGGAAAAGUCGAUAAGUCAGAUAAUCGAGGUACUGUAUAAAAAUUGAAAAUAUAUAUGAAAAUUAUAAAUAUGACAAAUUAAAAAAUUAGGUACGAAGGUGCUUAGCUGUGUAAGCAAUCAGCGUGGGUGCCAUAUUUGUUUAUUGUUCAGUAGUCGGUUGAUGCUCUUCCAACAUUCACUUAAAAUCCAAUCAUAAAUUUAUUUGAGCCCUAGAACAAAGUGUUAAACGUGCAUUAGGCACCACAACUAGUUGUCGUCACAGAAAAAAGAGGAAAAGUGUUACAUUAGAAGUUAAAUUAGAUGUAGUAAAGAGAUUUGAAGGACAUUGAGCUGUGGACAUAGCAAGAGAUGUCGGUUUGCAGCCGGCAACUGAAGGUAAGAACAAUUUGUGGAAAUUAGUGGUUUAGUUAUUCAAGAGUCGGUUAAAUGAGGGUUUACUGUAUAUAAUUCUUGUUUUUCUUUUGUGGCCCCAUUCUGACUUCCUUUUGAAGCUGUCUUGCCUUUGGAAGCCAUGGUAAUUAGUCCACAAAGUCAAAUAGUCCACAGGAGUUAAGAGAUGCACACCCGAGGGUUGUAGCAGCACAGCUGGGUUGUAAACAAAGUCGCUGGGGAUAGUGUUUGUGUGCUGCGCCAGAUGGCAAUCUGGAUUUUUCUCCGUUAAUCCAGACUUUCCGGAUUAAAUAAACUCCCUCCGGAUAUUGCUUUAUCCAGAAAUUUGCUUAAUAUGGGCUGGAUUUCCAUCUAAUUAGUCUGGAUUAAGAGGGUUUUACUACAUUUUCUCUUAUCUAUUUCUAAACCACACCAUUUAUAUAGAAUGCAAUAAGUGUUGAAGAAGACACAUAUUUGUGAGGUCAGCCUGUAGCACUGUGAAUUGUAGGAUUUAUUGGGAUCCUAAGAGUAAGUUUCAACUUGCCAGAAAAACUCUUUAUCCGGCACCUCUCAAUCCCUGUAGGUGUUGGAUAACUGGGAUUCUAUUGUACGUGUUGAUGAUGUUCAGUUUAUAAAUGAUACUACUGAUUUUAUAAUAUGCCAUGUUCCAUUUUCUCUUUUUACCAGUUGAAAUUAAAGAAUUUCUCCCAA